AUGUCGGAUAGCGAUCGUGAUGAGAAGCAAGUCGCGCCGAUUGCGGCAGAAGUUAAAGGCCUUAAGAUUGAAGCGGACAGCCCCUCGGAGGUGCCCUCGCCCUUGACACGGCCGGCAUCGCACAACAUGGACGCUCAACCCACAACGUCUAAUGGCACCGCAUCACAGUUCAUAGCUCGGUCGAAAACAUUAUCGCCGGUCAAGAAGGAGAGCCCAUCUCAGUCGCCUGUUAAAGGCGAGCAGGAGGAGGUGGUAGGGGGAGACGUUACGCUCAAGCUUGAGCCUGGAAAGGCUCCGAAGCUGUCAAGAACCACAUCUCAGAAGAUUAUCGCACGGCCGCCUUUACUUUUCCUUGACUGGGAAGACAAGACCGAAGAGGCCACUUCCAGUUUCCAGGUGCUGCCGGAUUGCGUCUAUGCGGCGAAGCACCUGGGCUCCACCGAGCCUGCGCUGGAAUGCGACUGCGCUGAGGAGUGGGAUUCUGCAUCGAAGACCAACCAUGCCUGUGGCGAAGACUCCGACUGUAUCAACCGCGCGACGAAAAUGGAAUGUGUGGGCGAUUGCGGCUGUGGCAGCGGCUGCCAGAACCAACGCUUCCAGCUAAAGCAGUACGCCAACGUCACCGUCAUCAAAACCGAGAAGAAAGGAUAUGGACUGCGCGCCAAUACCGACCUGCGAGCACACGAUUUUAUCUUCGAAUAUAUUGGCGAGGUUAUCAAUGAAGGGGCGUUCCGACGACGGAUGCACCAGUACGAUGAGGAGGGUAUUAAGCACUUCUACUUUAUGUCGCUCAGCAAAGGCGAGUUUGUUGAUGCGACAAAGAAAGGCAACCUCGGUCGGUUCUGCAACCACUCCUGCAAUCCGAACUCAUAUGUGGACAAGUGGGUGGUUGGGGACAAGUUGCGUAUGGGCAUCUUUGCCGAGCGCAACAUCAAAGCUGGCGAAGAACUAGUUUUCAACUACAACGUCGACAGGUAUGGCGCAGACCCUCAACCAUGCUACUGCGGCGAACCGAACUGCACCGGCUUUAUCGGAGGCAAGACACAAACCGAGCGCGCUACCAAGCUUUCCAACACUACCAUCGAAGCCCUUGGUAUUGACGAUGGCGAUGGAUGGGAUCUCGCCGUGGCCAAGAAGCCCCGCAAGAAGAAGCAAGGCGAGGACGAUGAGGAAUACGUCGACAGCGUCCAGCCCAAGGCUCUGGAUGAAGCCGGUGUUACGAAGGUCAUGGCCACGCUCAUGCAGUGCAAAGAGAAAUGGAUUGCCGUGAAGCUCCUCGGCCGCAUUCAGCGUUGCGACGAAGAACAAGUCCGUAACCGCAUAACCAAGAUGCAUGGUUACCGGAUUCUCAAGACAACGCUGUCGACGUGGAUAGACGACUUCAACGUUGCCCUGCAGGUCUUGGAUAUCCUUUUCCAGUUCCCGCGAAUUACACGAAACAAGAUCCAAGACUCCAAGAUUGAGGAGACCGUGGAGAAGCUCACGACUUGCGGCGAUGAGCGUGUUGAGACCAAGGCCAAGGAGAUCCUUCAUAUCUGGAGCCAGCUCGAAGUCGGUUACCGUAUUCCACGAGUAAAGCGGGAUCCAGCCGCGAUGGUGGUAGCACCCCGUGACGACCGAAGACGCGACCAGCAGGACCGGUCAAAGUCGAAGUCGCCAUCACGCUCUCCUGAUGCUCCACGAGGCCCCGCUGCGCCUUCAGGACCACGAAGCAACAUGCCACAGCGAGGCGGAUUCUUCGGGCCACGACCUCCAUACCGUCCUCGUCCCGCUCCAUUCAACGCUCUCCCAGCUGGCUGGUUCAUAGCAAAGUCUGAUGGUGGCCAGACAUACUAUUACAGCGCAAGCGGUCAGGUUACAUGGCAACGUCCGACUGCGCCAGCUGCUCAGCCACCUCCACCGCCGAAGGUCGUUACGCAUGAGCAGAGGCUACAGGAGAUCAUCAACAGCAUCACCCAGAAUACGACACCGAAAGAGAAGUCGUCCGCGUCAGCUACACCCCAGCCUGUGCAGGAAGAACCAAAGAAGGAGAAGGUGGAGCGUAAAGAUAAGUGGAGAUUGUAUCCUGAGGAGAAACAGAAGAAGCUUUACGAGAACACGCUGGCUCCCUCCGUCCAGUACGUGAUGAAUAAAUUCAAGAAACAGCUUGACCGAGACGACCUGAAGCGGCUCGCCAAGGAGAUCACCAAAACCAUCGCGAACUCGGACUUCAAGCACAAGCGCGUCAAAGACCCUACAAAGAUCACCUCAGAUCAGGAGAAGAAGAUCAAGAAGCACGUUAAAGAGUUCUUCGAGAAGGCUGCAGCUAAAAAGAAGGAGUACGACCGGAAGAAGGCUGAGAGAAAGGCUAAGGAGGCAGCAGCUAAAGGAGCUUCUGCGACACCUAUGGACAUCAAGGUCAAUAGCGACAAUGCCAAGGUCAAGGCUGAGGAGGAUGAAAAGGCGGAUGUCUCGGACAUCGAGCUUGAAGAGGAGAAGAUCGAACCAGAUUCGCCAUCGGAGCCAUCGCCCAGCUCGUUAGAACUCAAACGGAAACGAGAGGGGUCAGCAAACGAUGUAUCGCCUGCAGAUGACGAUGCCGUGCAGUCGAAGAAGCUGAAGGCCGAAAUUCCUCCGCCGCCCCCUCCACCUCCGCCUCCAGCGGAAGACAUACCGGACGCUGUGGAUGACUCUGGAUUCACCAACGAUGCAGACGUAUCCGGGUCCUUCACAGACGAAGCUCUGGAGGCCGUCAAUGGAGCCUCAGACUACAAGCUCGAGGCAGGCGAUACUCACGACCGAGAUUGGAUUCCUGCGGCCAGCAUGGCGAAGCAACAACAUCUAGAUUCCCCAGCGUUAAACGGUCAUCCCAGCCCCAUGCAACUUGCGACACCUCCAACCAACGGCUCCGACGAGCAGGAGCGCAACGUGAGGGCGAAAUCACAUGGAUUCGAGGGCAUGAAUCCGGAGAGGCUUCGGCAGCUUGGGUUGACCAGCGAGUAA